UCCGUCGCAGGUUUUGACAGCAGGUCCGUUUUUUUUUGUUUUUUUUUACCUCUUAGCUUUCUUUAUUCCACCCUGCCUCGCUCUCUUUCUUUCUCUAUUUAAAACGCCUUUCACCUGCCGUGCGCCUAUUUAUUUAUUUAUUCAUGCCUCUUAUCUGAAAGUAUUUAGUCAUCAUUAUCAUCAUCAUCAUAUUUUUUUUUUUCUCAAAAACAUUUUAAGCCUUUCCUCAAAUGAGAAGACGUAAAAGAUGGAGCUUCACAUUUUAGAGCACAGCUUGAAAGUGGCGAGUAUAGCGAAAGAGGGGAUCCAGAUCUGCACGCACGGAUUGAUUAAACUCGCUUUCUUGGCCUCCAAAACAAGAUGCAAGUUCUUCAGCUUGACAGAGACUCCGGAGGACUACACCAUCAUCGUCGACGAGGAAGGCUUUAAAGAGCUGCCCCAGUCGGAGCACAUCAGUGUUGCCGACGCCACGUGGUUGGCCCUCAACGUGGUGUCGGGCGGCGGCAACGCCUCCAACGCGCAGCCCAUUGGGGUCACCAAAAUCGCUAAAUCAGUCAUCGCGCCGCUGGCCGACCACAACAUCUCCGUUUUCAUGCUGUCGACGUAUCAGACCGACUUCAUUCUGGUGAGUGUGGACAAGAAACGUGCAGAUUUAGUCAACAUUUCAACAGCAACGCUGGAAAAUGUAAAUGAAAGGGAAAGAAUCUGUUCAUUUCUUUGCAUUUUGUUCUCUUCAAGGUUUCCCAACAACGUCCUCUUCACCAGUGCUUCUGGUGAGCUUUGGAAAAUGGUUCGGAUCGGGGGACAACCUUUAGGGUUCGACGAGUGCGGCAUCGUGGCUCAAAUAUCAGAACCUCUGGCAACGGCUGACAUUCCAGCUUACUACAUUAGUACCUUCAAGUUCGACCACGCUCUGGUUCCUGAAGAAAACAUCCAAAGUGUGAUCGGAGCUCUGCGGACCAAGAGCACUGCAGAGUGAGAGGAAGCAGAGGAACGAUGAGCACUCAUAAAAAGUUGUUUCGUUCAAACGUUUUAAUCGUGUCCAAAAAGUGCCAAGAGCUCAUUCGCGGACUUCUGUGGAUCGGCUCUGAAAGGAAGGGAUCGAACCACGAGGCGUACGAGGCGGCAUCGGAGGAGAGGGGGGGAAUGUGAUGGAGUGUUUGGGCUGCCUUUGUUACUCGGCCAUUUUGUUGCCUUCCCUCCCCCUCCACUGUCUGCUCUGGUAGUUGUUUUCUUUAGUUCACCAGACUGAAUAUACGUUUGUUUUCCUCUCUGAAGCUGCUUCUUCCCACUCCCUGAACCCACCAUGAGCACCAUAGUGUAUUACUUACAUAACUUCUCGCAUGGAGGGCUGACGAAUGUACUCUCAAAAAACAAGAUAUAUAUAUAUAUAUAUAUAUAUAUAUAUAUAUAUUAUCAAGCUCUCCAUACUUUUUGCUUUGUCAGUGCCAAGAUGUUUGAAUGCCUAAACCUUUGUCAAAAUACUGUACGUAAGCAAUUGUAGGAGACAAUUCUUAAAGACACGGCGGCGCCUGGUUGAGAAAUAAUCUCUCUUUUAGUCGCUAGAAGUUGAACAUCGUUUAUUUACAGCUACGGCCUGAUUGUUGGAGUCCGUCGUUUAAAUUCAGAUGCACAUGAAGUGAAUCAAAGAAAUUAUCAUUUUUAGUGUUUUGAAAAGGUAAUAUGCAUUCACGCUGUGAGCAACCUGGUCGAUGGGUCGCUCAAAAAUUUAAAGAUUUUUUAUUUACAUUUGUGAGUUUUUAAACAAACAUAUAAUGAUUUAGAUUAUUUGGCUAACAGGCUCAAUUAAUGCGGCGUUAAUCAAAGACUUAAAAGUUGGAUUCACUAUUUGAUUUAGAGAAAGUUAAUCAAUGACCAUUUUGAUAUUUGAUUAAUUUUUAAAAAAGGUGAAGCUGUUGGAAAUAUCAACAUUUUUCAACAGAUAAAUUACACCUGACGCCGAAUAUAAAUUUAUUUAAAUACAAUCUAAAACAUUAAGUGAAAUAAUAACCAGACAAUUCAUAUCAUUAUAAUGCAGUCCCGCCAAUAUGUACGAUACAAAAUAUUCUAUGGUCUAUAAUCUAUUUCUUAAUUCAGAUGCUGACAUCAUACUAUAAAAUCCAAUUGGUUUAUGUCACUGAAGCCAAUUAGCUUAGCUUAGCGUAAAGACUGGAAACGGGGGGAAACAGCUAGCCUCGCGUACGUAAAAGAAAAAAGCCUACCAAGACAUCUAAUCUUUACUUAUUAAUACUUUCUAUCUCAUUUGUACGGAAGAGUAUUAAUACUCGACGAUUUUGUUUAAUUUUACAUUAAAAAAAACAAUUUAUGUUGAGAAUAAGGUUAAACUUUCAGUAUUCGUGCCAAGCGUAAGAAAAACUUAACAAUAUAUAUUUUAAGAAUAUAACUUAUUUUGAGAAUAUAGUCAAAACGUUGAGAAUAAAGUUGAAAAUACCAUUCUGAGAAUUAUCAAUAAACUAUUGAGAAUAAAUUAAACUUCUGGUGUUAACACAUAUGCUGACAUUUUGACUUUAUUCUCAACAUUUUGACUUAAUUUUCAAAAGGCAAAAUGCAAAAAAAUAAAAAUCCUCCUCUCAUUUUAUGCCCUUUAGGCGUGGCACUAAUAGUCUUCCGUACAUUUGCGUCAUCUUGAAAUAACAGAAAGAUAAACGUUACUGUUCUGAGAGUUUCUGCUCUGACUAUUCGUUACUGUGUUUCCGAUAGAAAGCCGUUGUUUUCAGGUCACUUCAUGGAUCAUGUUGCUCACAUCGUGAACUCGCAAUAAGACCCGACGAUUAAGUGCAAUGAUGAAAAUAAAAUGUCUCCGGUAGUGAUAAAUUACUGAGCCGCUUUGUUUUCUAGAAUAAUGACACAAACAUAAGCUAUGGUUCACACAGGGAGGAGCCCUGGUGUUGAAGCUGCCCCUCUCCUGCCCCCCCACAGUCUGCACUUUAAAGCAGGCCCCCCCCCCCCCAUAGGCCUGCUGUACUGAUGUGAAAACAGGAGAGGGCUAUUUACUGUAGAACGAUCUGUCCACACGGGGACAUUUCUGUUGGUCUUAAGCAUUUGGUGAUGAUGAUUUUCUUUAUUUGACUUUUUAUUUCACCCCUAAUAACAACCUUUCUUCUGGUCAGACAUGAUGAGUAGAAACUCUGUAUUUCUCAGUGUUAAAACAGGAGGGAGUCGACUAUUCUUCUGAUUCCAUAUCAAAGAAAAACAAGUUGAAGGGCUUCUUGUGUGGAAAAAUAAAUAAAGAUUUUUUUUGGUUGUCAUUUUUUCUGUUUUUUUGGAGCUUGUUGCGUGUUCAGUUUUCACCAUUGUGUCAUUGUUACGGCUUUACUGAACAGGGAUUGUCCUCUCACUGUUAUUUGCUCCCGAUGUGUACUUUUAAAUCAAUAAACUGGUGACAUCUCCACCCAACGUGGUCGUCAGAGCCUCAACAUUCACUGGUAAUCAGAUUUUGGAGUAUUUUGACGUACAAAAUGGGAAUUAUUACGCUAUAGAUGUCCUCUUUGAGUUAACAGAAUGCAAAAACAUGACUAUACAAGUACAUUUAAUUUAAAUAUUAAUACCAUUUUACCAUAUUAAUACACACGCACUACACACACACACCUGUCUUCACUACUGUGACUCCCUUCCUCCACUCCGGCCUGCAGCUCUCGGGCAACAGCAGGUAGAUCAGCUGUCUCUAUUGUUUGAGCUGAGUAAACAAAGCAGAGAACAGCCAGGUCCUUGUAGCCUCCACACGCCACCUUUCUCUCUGCUUGAGCUCACUUCAGCACAACAGAGAUGGAGGAGGAGGAGGGCGGCUCCAGCUGCAGAAAGCCUCUCUGCAGAGCAGGGUUAAAGGAGAGGACAUGAUCUGUUAUUGUUUCACUUCACUGGAUCAUCUUUCUUCUUACA